AUGGCGAGCCUGACUGCUGCUCGCACGUUGUUCCUACGCCCCUCGUCACGGGUUCCUGUGAUCUCUGCGAGAACAUAUAUCGCUGGACGGCCGCUAGCCCCUCAAUCAACGAGCGGUGCCAAAACCACUUUUGCUCGGCCUAAAGUCCCAGCAGCAAGUACAACCACAAGCGCAGAACAAGCAAGCGCAGAGGUCGUUCCUAACGAGGCAGAUAUAGCUCAUGCGCUUUCAACACCGCCAGAGAGCGUACCAUCGUCCUCCGUGCUGGCACAACUCACGGACACUUCUCUGUUUGGAGCGGAGAAGAACGGGCAAUCGACAGGACAGGAGGGUCUACCUACGGACUGGUCCAAGAGCUACUUCGGUCUUUCAGCGGAGCCUUUCUCGAGAAAUGUGUCUGAGAUCCUCCUGUCACCCAUUGACUCCAUGGAUGUAGAGAUUAAACCUGACGGCCUUCUAUACUUACCCGAAAUCAAAUACAGGCGUGUGCUGAACAAAGCUUUUGGACCAGGUGGUUGGGGACUAGCCCCAAGAAGUGAGACCCACGUUGGUCCCAAGAUUGUGAGCAGGGAAUAUGCCCUUGUCUGUUUAGGCCGACUCGUCGCAAUCGCUCGGGGCGAGCAAGAAUACUUCGACCAAAAUGGUAUUCCAACUGCAACUGAGGCAUGCAAGAGUAACGCUCUCAUGCGCUGUUGCAAAGAUCUUGGUGUGGCGAGCGAACUAUGGGAUCCUCGCUUCAUUCGAGAAUUCAAGGCUAAGCACUGUGUAGAGAUCUUUGCAGAACACACGUCGACGAAAAAGAAGAAGAAGCUGUGGAGACGCAAGGACCAGCCCAAGUUUGACUACCCUUGGAAGGAAUGA